AUGGCGAACCCGAAAACCCUAUUCCGGUUCGGGAUAUUUCUAUCCCUAUUUAUGCUAAAUGCUGUUCAAUCUCAAUCGGCAGUUGCGAGUAUAGAUCUGGGAUCCGAAUGGCUGAAAGUUGCCGUGGUCAACUUGAAACCGGGACAGGCGCCGAUUUCGAUCGCGAUCAACGAAAUGUCGAAACGUAAAACCCCUUCUCUCGUUGCUUUUCACGCGAAUUCACGAUUAAUUGGUGAGGAAUCGCUUGGUCUCCUUGCUCGUUACCCCACCAAAGUUCAUUCCCACCUCCCGAUUCUACUCUCAAAACCCUUUAACUACACGCAGAAGUUUCUUCAGUCCCUGUAUCUUAGUUACGAAAUUACCCCGGAUGAAACCCAGGACGUUGCGGUGUAUAGAACGGAGGGAGAGGGAGGAGAAUUUAAUAACUUUACGGCUGAAGAGAUGGUGGCGAUGAUAUUGAAGUACGCAAUGGGGCUUGCGGAGAAUCACGCAAAGAGUAGUGUUAAGGAUUUGGUCAUCACGGUGCCGCCCUACAUGGGGGUGGCUGAGAGGAGGAGGCUGCUGACGGCCGCCGACUUGGCUGGGAUCAAUGUGUUGGCGUUAGUUAAUGAGCAUUCGGGAGCAGCCUUGCAGUAUGGGAUUGAUAAGGAUUUUUCGAAUGGGUCGAGGCAUGUGUUGUUCUAUGACAUGGGGGCAAGCAGUACUUAUGCUGCUUUGGUUUAUUUCUCUGCUUACAAUGCAAAAGAGUUUGGAAAGACCACGUCCGUUAAUCAAUUCCAAGUGAAAGAUGUUAGAUGGGAUGCAGAACUUGGAGGUCAAAAUAUGGAACUGCGGCUGGUGGAGUACUUUGCAGAUGAGUUCAACAAACAACUCGGGAAUGGGGUCGACAUCAGAAACAAUGUGAAAGCAAUGGCCAAAUUGAAGAAACAAGUUAAGCGCACCAAAGAAAUUCUUAGUGCCAAUACAAUGGCCCCAAUCUCUGUUGAAUCUCUUUAUGAUGAUCGUGACUUUAGGAGCACAAUAUCUCGCGAGAAGUUUGAAGAGCUCUGCGAAGAUCUGUGGGAAAAAGCUCUUGUUCCAGUAAAAGAAGUUUUAAAGCAUUCAGGUUUGGAGGCUGAUGAUUUAUAUGGAGUGGAGUUGAUUGGAGGUGCCACUAGGGUACCAAAGUUGCAGGCUAAGCUUCUGGAACUUCUUGGAAGGAAGGAUCUGGAUAAACAUUUGGAUGCCGAUGAAGCUAUUGUUCUGGGUGCUUCAUUACAUGCAGCAAAUUUAAGUGAUGGAAUAAAAUUAAAUCGCAAGCUGGGAAUGAUUGAUGGUUCUACUUAUGGAUUUGUGAUUGAGUUAGAUGGUCCCAAUCUUUCAAAAGAGGAAAAUCCUAGACAGUUGAUUGUGCCGAGAAUGAAAAAGUUACCGAGCAAGAUGUUCAGAUCCAUUAUUAACAACAAAGAUUUUGAAGUUUCACUUGCAUAUGAGAGUGAAGAUUUCAUGCCACCAGGGGUAUCUUCACUUACAUUUGCUCAGUAUGCUGUCUCAGGUCUUACAGAUUCUAGUGAAAAGUACUCAUCACGGAAUCUUUCCUCGCCGAUUAAGGCCAAUUUGCACUUUUCUCUCAGUAGAAGUGGUGUAUUUUCCUUGGAUCGAGCAGAUGCUGUUGUUGAGAUUACUGAAUGGGUAGAAGUUCCACGAAAGAAUGUAACAGCCGACAACUCAACCUCUGCUUCUAGCAUCGGCACAGAAGCUGGUCUGAGCAGUACUUCAGAAGAAAGCAGUGACAAAUUGGAGAUGAAUGAUAGCACGAGUAAUGCAUCAGUUUCCAAUGUAACUGAUUUUGCCACUUCAGAUCUUAGCAUGGAAAAGAAGCUGAAAAAGAGGACUUUUCGACUCCCACUUAAGGUUGUUGAGAAGACAGUAGGGCAAGGAAUGCCUCUUUCAAAAGAAUCAUUUGCUGAGGCUAAACGUAAAUUAGAAGCACUAGACAAGAAGGAUGCAGAAAGGAGGAGAACAGCUGAGUUGAAAAAUAAUUUGGAAGAAUACAUAUAUUCUACUAAAGAAAAGCUUGAGUCUGAGGAGUUUGAGAAAAUAUCUUCAGACCAAGAGCGGCAGUCCUAUAUCGAAAAACUCAACGAGGUGCAAGAAUGGUUGUACACCGAUGGUGAAGAUGCUUCAGCCAAUGAAUUUCUAGAGCGCCUAAAUACUUUGAAAGCUAUUGGUGACCCCAUAUUCUUUAGGUACAAUGAACUUACCGCACGGCCUGUUGCAUCUGAACAUGCUCGGAGGUACCUCGAGGAGGUGAAACAGAUUAUACACGGAUGGGAAAAGGACAAAUCUUGGCUUCCAAGAGAGAAAAUAGAUGAGGUCACAAGUGAGGCUGAAAAGGUGAAGAAUUGGUUGAAUGAGAAGGAGGCGGAGCAGAAGAAGAUUUCUGGAUUUUCUACCCCAGCAUUCAAGUCUGAUGAAGUAUAUACCAAAGUUUUUGACCUUCAGGACAAGGUUGCAAGAAUCAAUAGGAUUCCCAAGCCAAAGCCAAAAGUCGAGAAGCCCUUAGAGACUGAAAAUGAGAGUGCUACUGAUAAAUCAAAUGACAAGGACACAUCUUCCGGAGAGACAACCUCUCAAAAAGAUCAAAAAGCUGAAGAAUCAGACUAUUCAGCAACUGACAAAAAUGAUGAAUCCAACGAUCACGAUGAGUUGUGA